GUCAGAGCUGCAGCUCUGCAACAACACACACACACACACACACACACAGUGACUGUGACUGUGACUGUCCAGCAGCUGCUGCUGUUUGUGUCGGAUCACAAACGGACUCCGGCUCUUUAUUCUCCUGCGGUUCGGUUCCGCGUAUUUAUUCAAACCUCCUCUUUGUUAUUAUUAUUAUUAUUAUUAUUAUUACUGCCUUGAAGAUGAGGUUAAACACGAGCUGCCGUCAGGUGCGAGCUGCAUCACAUGGAGUGCUGCUGCUUUUCACCUCCUCCAUCCACCAAACCGAUGCUGCACUUCCUUCUGCUGCGGUCUCAGCUGACAGAUUCUGAUAUGGACUAUGAGAGGCCAAACGUUGAAACUAUCAAGUGUGUGGUGGUGGGAGACAAUGCAGUUGGAAAGACCCGCCUCAUCUGUGCCCGGGCCUGCAAUGCUACACUGACUCAGUACCAGCUACUUGCCACACAUGUGCCCACAGUCUGGGCAAUCGACCAGUACAGAGUUUGCCAGGAGGUGUUAGAACGUUCCAGAGAUGUCGUGGAUGACGUCAGCGUGUCGCUUCGACUCUGGGACACUUUUGGAGACCAUCACAAGGACCGGCGCUUUGCAUAUGGCAGGUCCGACGUGGUGGUCCUGUGCUUCUCAAUUGCCAAUCCCAACUCUCUGUACCACGUGAAGACCAUGUGGUAUCCUGAGAUCAAGCACUUCUGCCCUCGUGCUCCUGUCAUCUUGGUUGGCUGUCAGCUUGACCUACGCUAUGCUGACCUGGAAGCAGUGAACAGGGCCCGGAGGCCUUUAGCGAGACCCAUCAAAUCAAAUGAGAUCCUUCCCCCAGAGAGAGGCCGGGAAGUGGCCAAAGAGUUGGGAGUGCCAUAUUAUGAAACCAGUGUUGUUGCUCAAUUUGGAGUCAAGGACGUCUUUGAUAACGCAAUCCGAGCUGCACUUAUCUCACGCCGCCACCUGCAGUUUUGGAAAUCUCACCUCAGAAAUGUGCAGCGCCCUCUCCUUCAGGCUCCCUUCCUGCCCCCGAAACCUCCCCCACCUAUAAUCACUGUGCCUCCUCCACCAAGCACCACAGAGGAGCAUCCAGUCGGCCUCCUGGAGGACCCACACUGUGCUGAUGUCAUCCUGGUUUUGCAGGAACGACAGAAAAUCUUUGCACACAAGAUAUACUUGGCAACAUCCUCUUCAAAGUUCUAUGACCUCUUCAUUAUGGAUACACACAAUGAAGAGAAUGAAAGGCCUUCUCGUGGUCCUCUUUCUGGCCGAGAGCUGCUGAUGCGUGCUGCUAGCUUUGAUGUUUGCGAGAACAGUGAUGAUGGAGACAGGGCCAACCUGAGGGCCUGCACCAGUGACGGGACCUUGAAAGACUCUCAAGGGCGUCGAGGAGGCAGAUUGCUCUCCUCAUGGAGCAGAGCCUUUGUCAGCAUCCAGGAGGAGCUGGUAGAUGAUCCCCUGACAUACAGCCCCAGACUCAUGACUGUAGUUCACAUGGACCAGUCCAUGCAGCUCGGUCCUUUCCGAGCCGUCCUCCGCUACCUGUACACAGGUCAGCUGGAUGAGAAAGAGAAGGAGUUGAUGCACAUUGCGCACAUUGCUGAGCUGCUGGAGGUCUUUGACCUGCGCAUGAUGGUGGCAAAUAUACUGAACAAUGAAGCCUUCAUGAACCAGGAAAUCACCAAAGCCUUCCAUGUACGGCGCACAAACCGAGUCAAAGAGUGCUUGGCUAAAGGCACCUUCUCUGAUGUCGUGUUCAAGCUCGACGACGGGACGAUCAUGGCUCACAAGCCUUUGCUCAUCUCCAGCUGUGACUGGAUGGCGGCAAUGUUUGGUGGGCCUUUUGUGGAGAGCUGUACUAAAGAGGUGUUGUUUCCUAACACCACUCGCAGCUGUAUGAGGGCAGUGCUGGAAUAUCUCUACACAGGGAGGUUUUGCUCCCGGUCUGACUUGGACGCGAUGGAGCUCAUUGUUCUUGCCAAUCGUCUUUGUCUCCCCCACCUGGUUGCACUUACAGAACUCUACACGGUGACAGUUCUGACGGAGGCGGCGAUGAUGGGAGCGGACAUUGACGGCGAUGUGCUCGUGUACUUGGACAUGGCCCAGUUCCAUGGUGCUCAGCAACUCACCGGCUGGUGUCUCCACCACAUCUGCACCAACUACAACAGUGUCUGUCGCAAGUUUCCCCGAGACAUGAAGGCCAAGUCUGCAGAAAACCAAGAAUACUUUGAGAAACAUCGCUGGCCUCCUGUGUGGUAUCUGAAAGAGGAUGACCACUACCAAAGAGCACGCAAAGAGCGCGACAAGGAGGACUACCUGUACCAGAGACGACAGUGUAAACGCAAGUGGCUCUUCUGGAACAUUCCCUCCUCCCCCAACUCGAACUCUUCCUCUUCUGUCAUCUGACCAAGUGCAGUUCACUCUGGUGAACGUCAGCGUGGACGCGACUUGUAAAAGGUACAAAUAAGAAGACGAGAGCACUGCUGACUAGACACGGCCCAGAUAUUCAGGCACACAUUUUCCCCUCCCCCCUCUUCCUCUCGCGUUUGUUUGCGUCUGCAGUCAAACAGCACCCCUCCGGUUUUUGCUGAGUCAGCUCAAUCUGGCGAAUAAUCCAGUACGGCUUUGUUCCUUGUAUUUUUAGCUCGGUGUAUAUGAAACUCAAACCUCAGUGAUAUGGACCUCGCUGACAAAACGGCACAGCGUGACCUGUGCAAAUAUCAACUCACAUCGAUUGUCACGUGUUCCACCGUGUGAGUUUGAAGUUGUGAAAAUAGCUCUCUGCUGGCACAGAACUUUCCAACUUGGGUCAUAAAAUAUCAUCAAUUAACCUGAACUGACAACCAAGUGCUGCUUAUCAGCUGCAACAAACCAGCAAUUCAACACAGAUCUAAAGUCUCAGAGAUUUAACACUUUGCCCUUAAGUGUUUGUACAAUCUACAAAACCAUGUGUACAGUAUGAUCUCAUGAACAGAGUGUAGCGAAGGAAUCGCCUGCCGAGAGUCGAUAAUUGAAGACGUUCAUGUCAACGAUGAUUGUGUUUGCAGAACUGAGAGAAAUCUUCACUUUAUUUUUGUGCACAUGUUUUUGAAUGUUUGUGUUCCGCCUGGACGGCUCAGACUUGUUUGGGCCUAGAUGUGCUUGGUGUUUAUGUGUAUAUAUGUGUUCCUGUGAUUUGCUGUCACAAAAAGGGCUUUAGUUUACACGAAUGCAUUCAAGAGAUCCCAAAACUAAGGAAAUAUCAGUUCUUCUGUUCCAGAUUACUUUUAUUCCCCAUAUGUUGCUUGAUUAGCUUCAUUAUCACAGAUCUUACAGUACCUUGUUCAGACUCCAGGAAAAUGUUACUAUUGUUUUCUUUCUUUCUUUUUUCAUUUCCAGAUUUUGUCUAGACUAGUUUUCUGUCUGGACAGUAAAACAAAAAAAAAAAAUCAGAUUUAAUUGAAAUCGUGCACUCUCCUAACCACCUGCUGCUAAUGCAUUCAAGGAACCUUGUACAUUUUAAUAGUUCAACACACAUUCUGUCCACUAAAAUGUUGCUGCUGCCACCUUGUGGAAAUAGGUCCCAACUAUUGAUAAAACAUUGUUCAAUUAUGUAGUGUACUUUUUACUAUAUAAUAUAUGAUGGUCAGUGAAUUGUCUGUUGACUUUGUCCUGCUUCAAACUAUUAAUUUAUUGGCCUUUUAUUGGCCACUAUUGAUGGACCUUAAAUUUGUACUCACCAAUUUUAUUUUAUUUUUUUUAUUUAUCCUUUAUUUAGCCAGGAAGGUCCCAUUGAGAUACAAGAUAUCUUCUUCCAGGGAGUCAAGAAAGCAGCAUAGAUAGUACAAAUAGUUACAGAGACCAGACAAUUUCAGAUAUAAAACUGAACUAAGGAGAGUAUAAAAGAUGGAUAUAAUAAAGUGCAGUCAUAUACAGGGCAUACCAACAAGGUCCUUAAUCCAAAUCCCUCAAAAAUGUAAUGUGAAACAACAUGUUUCUCUCACGAAGGUCCAUAAAAUGCCUUAGAAUGUGGAAUCUGGUUUGAUCACUUGCUAUUAGACAGUCUAGCUACAUUGAAUAGCUUCAUGAGCUGGAUUAUUGUCGUCCUGUAACAUUACACGUAACAAAUCCCUGAAGCAACCGCCACAUUUCAGGAGCUGAAGUGACCACAUUCCUCUGACCCCAUCUGUCUGUGUCAGUGUGAUUUGAGCUUUAGUGAUUUAUCUAGAGUUGAUUUGAAGUUUGGUAAGGCUUGAACAUGCGGGAAGCUUCCUCAUGCCUGAGUGGACAUAAGUACAUAAUUCUUUUACGCAUCUUUCUCCGGUACUUUCUCCAGAGACUCGCACACAAAAACUCUAACCUCCAGUAGCAGCAAAGGACAGCAUGGUUUCAUCACAUGCUACGUGUAUAGGACAUGAAGAGAAACGGCACAAGAAUAAUGUGUUUAGAAUGUUCAAAAAGUAUGAUAAUUGUAAAGCAUUUUGACACGAAAUCACUUUAAUUGAUUUGUUUUGCACAUUUCAUAUGAUACUGUAUGUAUGAUACUGUGUGUUUCCCAACAUUUCUGUACGGGGACCCACUUCUUAAAGAUGGCAAACUAUUGUAGGGCUGCAAUGAUUAUUCGAUUACUAAAUUAAACGUAAAAUAUUUUAGCUUGAGUUCAUUUUUUGAUUUUUCAGCUUCUUAAAUUAGAAUAUUUUUUGAGAGCGUCAUCAUUUCCAGGUUUGAUAAACACAGAUCAACAUUUUUCAACAUUUUCUGACACUUUAUGGCAGACCAAACAAAUAUGAACAUAAUCAUUAAUUGCAGCCCUAAAGUACUGUAACCCAAAUUAUGAUAAAAAAUUAGGACUGACUGACUGCAGCAUUGCUUGCACUUGUAAGACGGUGCUCAGUGUAGAUGGAGUAGUAUUGUAAAUUGUGACUUGCAAUGCUCUGUUGCACAGUUUCCUCAUAUUUUGCACUGCAGGCAGUGAGCAGUUUAAUCCAGUAUUACUGAGUAAUACAUAGAAUACACUGAAUAUAGACUUGACUUUGUCUGAAUGACAUUUAGUUUCUGUGCAGCUAAAAUCUGUUGUUUAAAAAACAUCUAUUAUUCACCGUAGUGUACAUUCAUUAUAGGAUUGUGGUGCAAAGUGAAGUAGACACAUUUGUGUAAAUGACAUUAUAGAGACCACACAUUUACACCAUUGUUAUCAAAAGAGUAGAUUCUAGUUGCAGCAUUGCAGUUCUUGCAGCAUAAAAGAUUCUGCAUUUUUCCAUACUACACAUACAUUAAGAUGGCGCCAAACAGACCUUACAGUGUUUCAGUGGUACAGAUUAAUGAAGUGACAAAAGCCAACCUGACUAGAUUGCAUGAACUGGGUUUAUUUAAGUGUUCGCCAUAGACUUGGUGCUCCAAGCAGUAGCUUAAUUUUACAUUAAUUUAGCGUAUAGCUCAUUAAACGUAGCAAAUGUCA